CAAUAGACGUUGACUCCCCUAGAUCCAACUGAAUAAAUACUAAGUGUUUCUAAAUCCACUAUUAUUCUCACUGGUUCCUGCUUAACCAUGCUCGGCCUCAGCAACAUACUCUUGCUGGCAGCAACCUAUGUGCUUCUAAGUCCAGGUGUUGCCACGGAGACAGUUACCACCUGUGAAGUCAACGCUGUCCAUCGCCUGAGCUGUGAUGGCGGAGUGAUCAGUGUGAAGGAAGCGCUGUAUGGACGUGCAGACAGUGUGACCUGCGGUGAGGGAAAACCUCAGGAACAGCUUGCCAAUACAGAGUGCUCUCAAGAGGGCACAGUGGACAUCCUCAAGAAAAGGUGUGAUGGAAAAAAAGUGUGUGAAGUAAGCCUGGAUGUCUUAGGAGCACGUGAUCCCUGCCCUGGCACUUUUAAAUAUCUACAGACCAAGUACACCUGCCUCCCAGCAAUUCACCAUGUGACCUGCGAGCACUCUUUGGCAUACCUACAGUGUGAUGAAGGCCAGGUUAUAUCUAUUUACCGUGCUGAUUAUGGACGCCACGACCUGAGCACAUGCACCUACAAACGGCAUGCUUCUGAGAUCCAAAAUACUGACUGCUCACAUUUCUCAAGCACAGUUUCUGACAGCUGCAAUGGGAAAAACAGCUGUAUUAUCAAAGCAAGCAACUCAGUAUUUGGAGACCCCUGUCACGGCACUUUCAAGUACCUGGAGGUGGCUUAUGCAUGUGGAUAUCCUUUCGUCACUCUAACAUAGGCUAAAUGUAGCCUUCUGAAAUCACAAUAAACGUACAAC